CAGAAAACAUCACCUGAGAAUCUGACGGCGGCUUAGCACCGACGGCUACUGCAAAAAGAUUGUUUAUCUUCUUAGGGUAUUUUACUUACCUCUGGAAGAAACAUAACGUCUUUUGCGGUAGCUAAAAGCUAAGCUAGGUCGAACAUAUAUAGCGUUUACAAACUAUCUAAAUAACAAAAUGGCCGCUGCUCGUUCACUCUCAGGUGCAGUCAAGUCUCUUUGUUCCAUUGCAUCGGGCAAUCUUUCUGGUUCCAUUGUCGUCAGGAGGAGUUUCGCUGCGACAGCACCAGGACUUGGUAAGGGAGGUUCCACAAGGGUUACUGUGGGAAAGAUGGAACUAAAAGCAAAUCAAGAGGCAGAGUCUUCGUGGGCCCCGGAUCCAAUCACGGGAUGUUAUAGACCCUCUAACCGUGCGGAUGAGAUUGAUCCAGUGGAGCUCAGGGAGAUGCUUCUGAAAACCAAAGCCAAGCCUUUCUGAUGAUUUCGACAAGUUCCACAAGACAUGUCGUUGGGGAUUAUUAUGAAUAAUGGUUCACGUUUGUUAUAUCUAUCUCCAAUGGUUCACGGUUGUUAUGUUUGUCUUAUUUAUAUCUAUCUUUGGAGAUUAUAAGUAAAAUAAAUAUAUUAUAUCUGAAAAUUCCAGA